AUGAAUCAAUGCAACUUGUACUACAAAGCAAAUACAACAGAAAUGUACCGGUGGGCAGAGAAAAGGAUGGAUGGAAUUCCGACAAGACCGUUAUUAUGUGUUGUCCGGAGAGCUUUUGGUUCGGCGCUUGUACGAUACCAAUACGACUCAGCGGCUGUGGAGAAUGCAAAUCCUUCUCCUCAACUACCACUUUGUAAUCGACGUAAACGCCGACGUAUAGAGGAGAAUCCAAUGCAUUCGAGUAACAAAAGAUCUUUAGUUCCAUCAGUUAACAUUUCUCAUUUAACAUGGAGACCGAAAACUUAUCAUCGUCGGUGGGAUGAGAUGUGGAAUUACUGUACUAAUAACAAAUGUCCAUAUGUUCCUGCAUCUGCUAUGCAGUUACUACGACAUCUGGAACAAGGUCAUCAGGAAUUUGUUAAUACUAAUCCGCUUGUUGUGCUUAUCGAAACACGUCCAAAAAGCGCUGAAAAUAAUGAUAAAUCUUGCAAUAGAUUAUGGUGA